AUGGACGUACGUGAGCAGCGAGCAUGGAUGUAUAAUAGAGUGGCACCUAAUCGUCGAGGGAUAACAAAUGAGUUCAUAUGCGGAGUUGAGAGCUUCAUACAUUAUGUAUGUGCUCGACCACAGUUCACACAGGACGAUGAGACCUUAAGGUGUCCGUGUGUUAAGUGUCAAUGUAGAAAAUUUCUAAGUGUGGAUGAUGUGAAGUUGCAUCUUUAUCAGAAGGGAUUCAUGGCCCAUUACUAUUACUGGACAUGCCAUGGGGAAGACGAGCCUCCCAUGGAAUCCCAGGUCCGAACGAAUGCUGGUGCAUAUAAUGAAGCACAAGGGGUUUACGAGGAUAAUCCAAAUCCAUAUGAUGCAAUGGUGAUGGAUGGUGCAGGUCCUUCUGUUAGGGCACAUACGUUGGAAAAUGAAGAAGAAGAGCCCAAUGUAGAUGCGCAAGACUUCUAUGAAAUGUUGGAUAAUGCAAGAACACCAAUAUAUGAUGGUUGCACUACUCACACCGAACUUUCUACAGCGAUGAGGAUGCUUGGUAUUAAGGCUGAUUUCAACUUAUCUGAGCAAUGCUAUAAUGCUUGGGUGCAACUAAUAAAUGAGUUGAUGCCCGAAGGCAACCGGAUGCCCAACGACUUUUACAGGACAAAGAAGAUGGUUUCUAAGCUGGGCCUUGGGUUCCAAAAGAUUGAUUGUUGUGUUAAUAUGUGUAUGCUUUAUUUUAAAGAUGAUACAAAUGCAAUCGAGUGCAAGUUUUGUCAUGCCCCACGAUAUACAAGCCGCAAGGUAGGUCCUGGGAGGCGAAAGGAUGUUCCAAUUAAACGGAUGUGGUAUUUACCUAUAACACCUAGGCUCCAGAGGCUUUACGCGUCGAAGACAACAGCUGGGGAGAUGAGAUGGCACUAUGAAAACCCACGGGAGCCUGGUGUGUUAUCCCACCCAUCUGAUGGAGAAGCAUGGAAGCACUUCGAUAAUGUGCAUCCUGAUUUUGCUUGUGAACCACGCAAUAUCAGGCUUGGGCUAUGUGCUGAUGGCUUCACACCAUAUGGUCAAUCUGGGAAAACCUAUUCAUGUUGGCCUGUGAUUGUCACUCCUUAUAAUCUUCCUCCAUAG